AUGGGAUUUGGAAAGUGCGCUGGUGCUGAUUUGGAAACGCAUAAUUUUUUUUUUUUUGAAGAAAAAAAAAAAGAAAUGUAUAUGUACAGUUUUUUUGAGGUGCAAGUAGAGAGCAGGGCGGCAGCGGUGCAAAAGAUGUGUUGGGUUUUCGUUUUGUUCGGUUUCAUUGUUGUUGUUGUUGUUGUUUCUGUUGUGUUUUUGUUUUGUUUUUUAUUUUCGUUUACUCUUUUCUCUUUUCUCUUUUCGCUUCAUUCAUUCAUUUUUUUUUUUUUGACUGCAGGGCGCUCGUAA